AAGGUAAUUGAAAUCAUCCUAAAGCUCCUUUUUCAUUAGUCCAGAGAUAGACCCGAUUAUUGCUGACUUAAACAUCGGAGUGUCUACCCCGAGGACCCACUUCGGGGCUUUGCAGGUUCAUCUGAAAUGAAGACGUAGACUGAAGAAGGACCUCUGGUUUGGUGCAAUUACAAAAAGGAGUUGAUGAUUUUUAGUUGCAAUGACUAUACUUUAUCCUGUGGUUUGUCCAAUAGCAACUCCACUUAUUUGCAACAUCCUGCUUCUUUUGACACCAUCGCCUUGGACCCUGACCUGAAACAGAGCAUCAUUGACGAUUUGGAUCGGUUCUUGGCAAGGAGAGAUUAUUACAAGAGGAUUGGGAAGACUUGGAAGAGAGGGUAUUUGUUGUAUGGUCCUCCAGGAACAGGGAAAUCAAGCCUGGUUGCGGCCAUGGCUAAGUACCUGAAAUAUGAUGUGUAUGAUUUGGAGCUUAGCAAUAUUUAUUGCAAUUCACAGCUGAGAAAUGCUUUCCUAAACAUAUAAAUAUAUUUUUUAUUUUAAUGAUAAAUGAGAUUGGAUCUAUUUUGUUGAAGGAAGAUUUUAAUAUUAAUUGGAUAUAAAUUGAGAAAUUCAUC